UGUUGGAAAACAAUUUCAGUUCCUUUUAACCGAUAAUUAUACAAGAAAAUUUGGCCACCUCUAUGGUCUGUGAAGUUGGCAACUGCACACAAAUAUGGUGUCGUGAAAUUGUGAAAUGUUUUGUAUUUUUAAUUUGUGACAGUUCAAAUUUUGUUAUUUGCAUAAACAAAUACCAUUAAACAAAUGUUUUUCUUUAAGGUGGAUACCAUUUAAUUCGUUUUUAGGUACCUACCUACCUACAAUCUCUCAAACCAGUUCGGAAAAAUUAAGGGUGUUUUAUUAUUAUUUAAAAUAUCAGUCAGUGCAAAGUGUCUGUACGGGAAAAAUGGACUUAAACCAAAUAAAUUACAAAGUGAUUUUGUGCGUGAUAUUCGAAUUAGGCUUGCUGAAAAUUAGUAUAGGUCAAGAAGACAUCCCUCCAACCUGCCCCAGCGAAAUUUACUGCCAUGGACCGCUGCUCGAUACCAUACAAAUGGCGAAAAUCUACCCGGAUUCGAAAACCUUCGUGGACAUGAAGCUGAGGAGGUCGCCCAACGAAACUCUGGAUAUAUUUUACACGUGGAUGAAACGCUUCAACGAUCAUAAACCCUCCCGAGGAGAGGUGAUCAAAUUUGUUAAAGACAAUUUCGAGCCUGAAGGUCAGGAGUUCGAAAAUUGGGAUCCGCAGGACUGGAUUGAGCAUCCCGAAUAUCUCAACCAAAUUGCCGACGAAAAGUUCCGAAAAUGGGGGAGAUCUUUGAAUGCAAUUUGGAAGGAGUUGGGGCGGAAAAUGAAGAAACACGUCGAAGAUAAUCAGGAUUUGUAUAGUAUAAUAUGGGUGCCGCAUCCCGUCAUAGUGCCAGGCGGUCGAUUCAGAGAGUUUUACUACUGGGAUACCUAUUGGAUAGUGCAAGGUUUGCUUUUAUCGGAAAUGCGGACGACCGUUAAAGGCAUCCUGGAAAAUUUUCUGUUUAUUGUGGAAAAUCACGGACACAUCCCCAAUGGCGGUCGUAUAUAUUACUUGGCCAGAUCUCAACCUCCAAUGAUGGUUCCUAUGAUCAAAUUAUAUUUCGAUAACACUAAAGAUGUGGAGUUUAUCGCCAAUAAUAUAUUGACGAUGGAAAAGGAGUUUGAGUUUUGGAUGAAUAGACAUGUUAGGCAUAUAAAUAAAGACGACAAAACCUAUAGGUUGGCGAUAUAUGCUGAUAAUUCAAAAGGACCGCGACCUGAAUCUUAUUCGGAAGACAUUGAGGGUGCCAAAUUGUUUAAGGACGAUGCUAAAAAAGAGUUGUUUUAUUCGGAACUCAAAGCCGCGGCGGAGUCUGGCUGGGAUUUUUCCAGUAGGUGGUUUAUAACCAACUCCUCUAACAAAGGUAACUUGACGAACACCAAGACGAGGUAUAUAGUUCCAGUAGACUUGAAUGCCUUAAUAUACUGGAACGCCGAUAUUAUUUCGGAAUUUUACGAUGUUUUGGGCAACGAAAGUAGAUCUAAUUACUAUAGGAAAAUAGCCGACGAAUGGCUGGAAGCUGUCGAUGAAGUUUUAUGGCACGAAGAAGUGGGAAGUUGGCUCGACUACGACCUCUACAACGGCGUCAAAAGAGAUUAUUUUUAUCCCACCAACAUAGCCCCACUGUGGACUGGGUGUUUCAGUAAGGUCGGAAUUGAGCAACGCACAAAAUUAAUAAUGAAAUACCUUCAAAACAAAAAUAUAAUGAACUUCCCCGGCGGCAUACCGACCACUGUUGAGCACACUGGGGAGCAGUGGGACUUCCCGAACGCCUGGCCACCUUUGCAGCACAUAAUGAUAGUGGCUUUAAAUAACAGCGGCGAUUCGAAUGCGAAAAGGCUGGCUUUCGAGAUAGCCGAAAAAUGGGUCAGGAGCAAUUACAAGGCGUUCGAGGCGUCGGACGGCAUGUACGAAAAGUACGACUCGACGGUGCAAGGCGGACACGGCGGAGGCGGCGAGUACGAAGUCCAAAAAGGUUUCGGCUGGACGAACGGGGUCAUCAUGGACCUCCUCUAUCGGUACUCCAACAUGACGGCCGAAGACCCUCCCGCACCCCCGAACCAGGCCGAGCCAGUCACUGCUGCGAGCAGCAGCCCCAUCCUAACGGCGGUAGCCGCCCUUGUCGUAUCCCUAACGGCAGGUUUUAUAGGGGUUUCUAUUUAUAGGAUGAAAAGUCGACAGCACUCUCCUUUCGAGAAAAAAACGCAACGUCCCGCCUCUAGCGCGCGCUACACCGAACUAAGGAACAUACCGAAAUACAGCAAAUCGUUGAGAAAACAAGUUUACGGGCUUUCUAGAGGUUCAAAAUCACCCUGAAAAUAUUCAUAAAUGUGACACGUAAUUUAAACAAAAGUGGAUUAAAGGUUUUAAUUUUGGUUAUUUCUUAUUUAUAACGUGGUAUUACUAGGAUUAAAGAAAUUAGGUGUCCCGUUGAAUGAUUAAUAUUAUACAGGGUGUUCGGUCCUGUAAUUAUUAUCUAGGAAAGGCAUUUACUGAUUUAUAUGCUGGGUGUUUCUUAAUUUAUCUAUAAGUAUUUAUUUAUUUAUUCGCCUAUAUACAUACCUACAAACGUACGCCCUGUGUAUAAAGCAUUUUUAGAACAAACUUCCAGAUAUUAAUUAUUCGACGAUUUAACCGAGCCCAUAGUAUAAAAUUAGGUUCCUAAUUCUAUGUAUUAGAUAUAAUUUAGCGAAUUUUAGUGAAUCUCAGUAGUUGUAUUAUGAGUGAAUCUCAUUUAUGUUUAAAAAAUAUUUUGUUGUAGUUUUUUAUUGUGAUAUCGACAAUAUGUUAUAUUAUGGCGAAGUAGCAUAACUGUGUACGAUAAGGCUGCUUAAACUAAUUAUUUUUUUACGUAUAGCACCUGUAUAUAUUUUUUAAUAUUAACACAAAAAUUGUUAUUAUAUUUAUAUUAAUGUGUUAAAUCAAUGGUUAUGAUGCUGUGAUCAAUUUUCGCCAUACUAUAAUUUCUAUUUAUGUAAAUAUUUGUUUGCCUAUGUUUUUUGACCAAUGUUUGUAUUUCUUGGGGAUUUUAUAAAAAAUAC